GCAGAAGCAGACAGCGUCACCCAUCCACUCUGUUGCCCACACGUUAAGAGAGGGAGAGGAGGGCGCUGCUGGAUCAAGUCGAUCCGACUCCCCAUCCGCUGGACUGAUCACACUGAUUGAUCGUCGGCGUGCGUUUUCCCCCCGGAGGAACCCCCUGCAAGGAAGGAAGGAAGGAAGGAAGGAAGGGUGUGGAGAAGGAAAAAAAGGGGAGGAGGUGGAGGAGAAGGAGGAGGGAGGAGAGGAGGGGAGGGUUGAUUGUUGGGAAAAGACCGCUGUGUGGACCGCAGAUGACACGCAGGAGAAAGUGUGUGUGGGCGGAUGAGGAAGUUCAGAGCGCGGAUUGAUGGUCGCACACACACACACACACACACACAUACGCACACACACACACAAACACACACCUACUGUACUGGCACUUUAUCGCAGCAGCGGGAGCCAGGAGCACAACGUCGGGGAUCUCCAUCCAGCAGUUUUCUGUGAUCAGAUCAGUGAUCCGUGGAUGGGAAAAUGACAAUCAAGUUUGUGGCCAUCGUCUUUGUACUUGUGCUCGCUCGUGGUGCUCGUUCUGAUCUACUGGAAUAUGGCGACGACUAUGAAGAUCACCACGACGCCACUGUCAAUCAAAUGCUGGUCCCCAGGUCGCACCAGGAGGAUGCCACACUCAUACUGAACAAUUUGCUCAAGGAAUAUGACAAGACUCUGCGGCCGGACAUCGGAGUGAAACCAACAGUCAUCGAUGUGGGCAUAUAUGUCAACAGCAUCGGGCCUGUGUCAUCCAUCGAUAUGGAGUACCAGAUCGAUAUUAUCUUCGCCCAGUCCUGGGUGGACACCCGUCUGCGGUAUAACAGCAGCAGCAGCAUGCCGACUCUAACCCUCAACAGCAAUAUGGUCGGCUUGAUCUGGCUGCCUGACACCAUCUUUAGGAAUUCCAAGAAUGCUGACUCUCACUGGAUAACAACGCCCAAUCAGCUGCUCCGGAUCAGGAACAAUGGGACAAUACUUUACACACUGAGGAUGACCAUCAACGCAGAAUGCCAGCUGCAGCUCCAUAAUUUCCCAAUGGACGAACACUCCUGUCCUCUCAUCUUCUCCAGCUACGGCUACCCACGAGAUGAGAUCGUGUACAAGUGGGCGCAAAACUCGGUGGCGACUUCGGAUCAGAAAUACUGGAGGCUUUACCAGUUUGAUUUCAUGGGGCUCAGGAACACCACAGAUGUUCUCACGACGACAGCAGGCGAGUAUGUGUUGAUGACCGUGUACUUCGACCUCAGCAGACGGAUGGGCUACUUCACCAUACAGACCUACAUCCCCUGUAUCCUGACUGUGGUCCUCUCCUGGGUCUCCUUCUGGAUCAAGAGCGAUGCCACGCCUGCAAGGACUGCCCUAGGUAUCACCACCGUGCUGACCAUGACCACCCUGAGCACAGUGGCCAGGAACUCGCUCCCGAGAGUGUCCUACGUGACGGCCAUGGACCUGUUUGUCACAGUUUGCUUCUUGUUCGUCUUCGCCGCCAUGAUAGAGUACGCCAUGCUCAACUACUACUCCUACAUCGUGCGCAGACCUCCUCCCAAGACGCAGAGAAUGGCCUACUCAUCUUUCAACAUGGCUCACACUCCUCGGCCCAUGAUGCCCAUGGGCAACUCCCUGUUCUGGCACGACUACGAAGACAACUGCCUGUACGAGUGCCUGGACGGGAAAGACUGCACAAGCUUCUUCUGCUGCUACGAGGAGUGUAAAGAAGGCGGCUGGAAGAAAGGACGGAUCCACGUCAACAUCCGCGAGUUGGAUUCCUACUCCCGGGUUUUUUUCCCCACUUCGUUCUUGCUCUUCAACAUAGUCUACUGGGUCAGCUACCUCUACCUCUAGUUGGCCUCGGGCUGUGAUCCGUGGGCCCUCAAGAAACAGCCACAGUCCACGCCACUUUGCGUCGCGGCUUGUGAUUUGAGGUCAAAACUAAGCGUGGAGGAGGAAAUGAGGUGGAUCGGCUCUUUGGGAAUUAUGAAAGAUGUGCUGAAAAAAAAAACACGUGUGGUGUGAUGCACAACGUAAAGGCCAUGACACUUUGAGCAGCGGCACACCGAAGAGAACAAAACGCUCCGCAAUAGAACAACAAGCCGCCGGCGUUACCUUGAAUAGAUCGGUCCCGUUUAUGACUCUCGGAAACCAAACUGCUACGACAGACAGCUACAACUUCAGAGAUGUUCCGGGACGAGGGUUGCAUUGCUGAAUCUUGGUUGUUGAGAUGGCGAAGCACCCAUAGUGCCUUCUUUAGAAAGGGUGCGGCACAGAGACGCAGCAUCAGAGUUCCCUCCAUUAUCUUUGUUACCUCAUCCACCACACCGCCGCAUGCUGAGCUGUUUAUUCUUUGAAGAAACAAACCUGGAAUAGCACCACCGGAGACGUUUAAAACUAACACUUACCAUUCAUUUCGUAGCACGAGUUUUAGUUGUAUCUUAGACUUAGUUCCAUUUUCUAAUACAGUAACGUUUUCUUAUUCUUCUUAUUAUUAUUGGAAUUAGUUGUUUUCACAGCAGGUCAACCAGCUCACACUUCAGUUGUUAAUUGUUGAAUAUGAGUUUGUGUCAGGGGCAGUGACAGUCUGGUGAAAAUCUUUUUUUAUUACGUCAGUGAGCUUUUGUUCAUGCUGCUUUAUGACCAAGAGGUGCAGUUCACAGUAGAUGCCAAGAAGAUCUGGGUGUUUAUGGUGGGUUACAUUCUUACACGCGAAAAUGUAUAAGCACUGCAUAAAUACCAAUCUAAUGCUAAACAUGCUAAUCUCAUCCCCAGGCAUAUUACAUGAAUAAACAGAUUAGGGUUAGAGCAGUGCUGGUUUCUUCUCGACAACAGCUCCAUGAAAACACUGUCACGUUUUAAUUUUAGACACUUUUCUUCUUUCUUCAUGUAGAUUUUUGUUUUGUUACUAAUUGAGCCUGUGGAUUACCUUCACUUAAAGGAGAAGUUUGACAUUUUUGGGAAAUAUUUUAACUCAAACCUUUUCACUAUAUAAAGUCAGAAUAAAAUCCAUUUUUACAGCACUAAUUCUGUCAUGGAUAAAACGACAUUUCCUCCAGAACUUUCACAUUAAAAGUCUUGUAGCCUUUUUUUAUGAGUGCAAGAAACUCUUAGCAGUUGUACUGAUGUAAUUAGUACUGUGGAAUAGCACAAAAACUAUAAACUGGGGAGAAGCCAGUCCAUCCAAACAAUCCCCCUAUCAGGACCUUGAAUGUUGCACCAUUUUGUUGUGGGUUCCUUAAGUACUGCUAACUUCAGCUGGUUGCCUAGCAACUGACGUAGUUAUAAGUCAACCUGUAAAUCAGAGAAAUCUCAUUUUUGUACUUUGGAUUUUUGUAUGGAUUAAAAAAAAAGCUUUAGAGGUGGAUAGAGGUGUUUCCUGUCAAACUAGCUGUUUCCAUUUGUUUCCAGUCUUUGUGCUUAGCUAAGUUAGCUGGCUGUUAAUUCAUAUUUAGCGUUAUUUUAGACGCAAGAGGUGGCAUCUGUCAUCGACGCCUCAGUCCUGAAAACGUUUCAAACGUGAUUCAACCAUAUAAAACACUUUGUACGUUUGUCUUUUUUAAAAGUGUCAUCAAACCAAAUAUUAUCCAACUCUAGUAAGGAACUUCCCAAAAAUGUCAAACUGUUCCAGGCUGCUACAAUGUUUAUUUUGGCAUGAAAAUAAUUCAGUAUAUUGAAUAUUGGCACAAAAUGGUCUGUGGAAUUAUUAGUUUUGGCUGCAAUCCACUUGAACCCAGAAGCACAUACAAACACACUGUACAUGGCCUAUUUAUUUUUCAUUACAGUCACUCCAUCCAGUUUUAGAGCUUAAAAAAAAUGGUAGUCUUGAUGGAAGCUGUAAUUUUUCUGAGCUCCUGCAACGCAGAACCUAAUGGCACAUCCUCCCAGCAGCAGCAGCAGCAGUGACCACAGGUGCUGUAUAUUAGGUUCCAUAUAUCGUGUUACAUACACUCACGUACGGUACGCAGAGCGGUGUUGAAAAAUGGAUGAUCCAGGGUGGUUGUUGAUGGAGUCCAACAUCCCCAUCCUCAGACAUGUAAAAUUGAUGCCAUAUAUGGAGGCACACGGACACACCAGUUGGGGGUGGGGGAAUAAAAUCCCCACAGGAAUGGACAGUGUUUGAAACAUUUUGGUUGGAUUAACUGUUCUAUGGUGUUUUUUGCAGUCGUUUCGCUUUGUAGAACAAUCAACCCCUCUUCCCUUUCUCCCUCCCCCUCCUCCCAAACACACACUUUUUCCCCGGUAUUUGUAUGUUCAGAGAAAAGCUUUUAUGUAAGAUGUAUCUAAUUAAUGUUUCUAUUUUCAUACAGUUCUAUAUAUGGAAUGUAAGUUAGGCCAGUAGCGAGGCCGGAGUCAAUCUGAAUCCAGUUCAGUCAGUUCAAGAAGCCUGAAUGAGUUCAUAUUUAGGGCUUGUGCAUAUUCAUAAGGCCUCCAGACACAUUUGUGUCCUGUCCAGAGGUUUGUAAUUACAAAUCAGAUCGCCUCGAGCGAUGCUAGAGAAACAGCAGAGGGGCUGUUGCACUGUGGACCAUUACGUAUUCUACUGGUUUAAGACAUUAGCUCACUAAUCUUCACUAAUCUUUCAACACUAUCUCUCUAUAUCUAUCUAUGAACUGACUGAAUUGAACAGAGCUUGGCCCACACCGCAGUAAACUCUCCUCACCUCUGAUAUUUCUACUACACUUUAUAAGUGUCUUAGUCCGUUGAGAUACUUCAAUAAAACAAAAUCACUAUUUUCUACGUCUUAAUGAAAGUCACCUGUGUGUUUCAACUGACUGGGACCUGUAUUUAUAAAGCCUCUUUGGUAUCAGAGUACUAACCCAGGAUCAGCGCUGGCAAGCAUAACGAUCUCGCUCGAGAGCCUCUUCCGGAGACCUCAUCACCCCCAUUAAAGUUCCUCAGCUUUACUGAAAAGCAGUGCGUCAUCGCGCCGAGGUGUCAGAAAAAUCAUCAAUCUUUUCUGCGACUUCACCCUGCGAACCAAUUUUCUUUUUGAUCGUCAGCGAGGUCUAUGGAGGGUGGGGCUGUACAAAUAAAAAUUUUAAAAAGCGCCACUCUGAUCUUGGAUCAGCACUCCUGGAACAAAUAUUUUAUGAAAACAGGAUCUAGAGUGAAAAUAGGUAUCUUUUUUCUAGUGCGUGGUACAUUGCUUAUAUUAAUAAAUAAUGUUUUGGUCAA